GGCGACGUCAGAUCUGCCUCGCUGAUGAUGAUAGGUCGUUGAUCUUUGAGCUCUGUCGUUCCCGCAAUGCAGAUGCUAAAAUAUCAUCAUCAGUUCUGUAAAUACCUUUUUAACGGUCUCAUUCUAUGACAGAAUGUAUUUCGACAAUUUAUUUCUUGCAGUACGUAAGUAGGUACAAUGUUCUCCACUCCUGCUCAGUACCUACUUUCCAUGUAACAAUGGCCAGUUAAGCUAACAGAGAAAGUCUGUGGAGAACCUGGUGAUAUCGUCACAGGAUGCCAUCGGGCAAAGCAUCAGCCAGGCGCUCACAUUCUCGGGCGUGAUCACACAGCAUGCCAACAACAUUAUACCAGAAAAUAGUGAUGGAAGCUGAAAAGUUUUACGUGUUAUUUACUCAAUGGGAGAAUAUAAGUAAAGCGUUUAUAUUAAGGAGCGUGUCCCGGUCGCCCUCCCCCUCCCCCUCAACCCGGGACUCCCGCAACACAGACAGCGCCAGUGAAGCCCUCGACAAUGACAAGACGAGCGAGAGUUCGGUGCAGAUGCCGUCGCACGCGGGCGGCGACUCGGCGUCCAUCUCGAGCGGCGAGCUCGCCGUCACCGUCGUCAGCGCCACGCCCACGCAGAACAAGGACAACCCCAGGCUGCCCAACUCCGCGAAGGCCGGGGACGGCAGCCGCACCAAGAAGAAGAGCUGGUACAACGCCCUCUACCCCACGUACAAGAGCAAGUCCGACGACUUCAAGCGGCUGUUCAAGGACCUACCUGAUGAUGAGCGGCUUAUAGUCGACUAUUCGUGCGCGCUGCAGAAGGACAUCCUGGCGCACGGGCGGCUGUACGCGUCGCAGAACUACCUGUGCUUCUACGCCAGCAUCUUCGGCUGGGAGACCACCAUGACCACGCGGUGGAAGGACGUCACGGCCAUCACUAAGGAGAAGACUGCGCUCGUAAUCCCCAACGCGAUCCUAGUGUGCACAGAAGGGGAGAAGAACUUCCUAACAUCGUUCUCCGGGCGAGACAAGGCGUACCUCAUGCUGUUCCGGAUCUGGCAGAAUGCGCUCAUGGACCAGCCCAUGAGCAGCCAGGAGUUCUGGCAGUGGGUGCACAGCAGUUACGGUGAGGAGCUGGGCUUCAAUUCUGACGAGGAGGGAUACGGGCGCGACGCCAUAGACGACGUGCCUCCGUUGCCAAACGACACUGAUCAGCCGAGCGAGAGCAGCGGCAACAACGCGUGGUACUUGUCUGUGCAGGACCUCACGGACGCCGCCACCAUGGACGCGGACGACCCGCGCGACCAGCGCGACGCGCGCGACAACCGCUCGCGACAGGGCGCGCGCGCGCACGACUCCUCGCCGCCGCUUGUGACGAAUGGAGAUGCGGAGUACCGCGAGGAGGAGGCGGGCGACACGUUACCUACCGACAUGUCCGACACAUCCGACAGCGAGCCCGACAAGCCACACAAUGGCGGUGAGAUGGAGAAGUGCACAGCAGCCCACGACGGCAAGCUGAUCCUGCGGCAGGAGUUCCAGUUCAACAUCGACAACCUCUUCACCAUGAUCUUCACCAACUCCAAGUUCAACCUCGAGUUCCUCGCGGUCAGAGGCACCACAGACUAUGUACAGGCUCCAUGGCAGGUGCAGGGAGGUCUGAAGUGUCGACAGAUCAGUUACACGCUCGGCCUCACGUCGGGACCCAUAGGACCUAAGGAAGUACAGGUCACCGAGACACAGGUAAUGAACAAGUGCUCGAAGCCGGGCAUGCUGUACUCGAUCGACUCGACGAGCGAGAACGCCGGCAUCCCGUACGCGGACUACUUCAGCGUGCAGGUGCACUACUGCCUGCAGCGGGUCUCCGACUCCAUCACCGAGCUCUCCAUCUACGGACACGUCAAGUACAAGAAGAGCAUGUGGCCUAUGAUUAAAACAUUCCUGGAAAAGAACACGAUAUCAGGGUUGGAGGACUUUGCGCGCAUCCUGGAGUCCCGGCUCACCAGCGAGGCAGACUGCGCCGUCCCCGCCGCCAGGAAGGCGCGCAGACAUCGACGGGCGCCCGCGGUGGCGGGCCCGGAGGCUGCGCCGGCGCCGGGCAAGCUGUCUGCGGGCGGGCUGGCGGGGGCGCGCGUGUCGGUGUCGCGGACGGCGCGGCCUGCGCCCCCGCGGCCCGCCGCCGCCACGUGGCUGGCCGCGCUGCUGGCGCUGCUACUGCUCAUCAACGCCGCGCUCUACUACAAGCUCUACUACACCGACAGGAGCGGAUACGCCUUCGACAUCGAUGACUUACAGAGCAGACUGAGUAGUGGGCAAGGGCCGGCGAUGGCGGAGUGGUCGGCGCAGCUGCAGGCGCACGCGCGGCGCCAGCGGGGACAACUGCUCGCCUGGAGGCACGCGCUCGACCGGACCGUGCAGCAUCUCGCACAGACGGAGCAGGCGCUGACGAAGCUCUUAGAGACGAUAAAACCGUCGCUGGAAAAGGCGCAAAAAGAAGCGGAGUCGAGAGAGGAGCUCUGAACGAAUUGUACGUCACUCCUGCGCACAUGUGGUUCUAUAUACCAACUGUAUUCACAGGCAUAGUUGUAUAGACAAACUAGCGCCCUCUUCUGACUAUGAAUAAUCCUCCAUUCUAGAUUAGUACACGCGUAAGUACAGGUUCAAUCCAAUUUGAGGGUAGCUAUAAUGUAGGCGUAGUAUUCAAAUGUACCUGUGUCACGUAACGAGUAUACGACGGUAAGACAAUAGACCGCAGUACCUAUAUACCUGUGUACUUGUAUAUGCAACCAUGUGUGCGCUUAGUGAAUAUUUUAUCCUAAUACGUCUGCUAGAGGUUUUCUCGACAGUUGCCCAAACAUUAAGUCAGUAGGACACAUCAUUCAUUUUAUAAAACUUAUAUUCCCAAAUAGUUUACUCGGUUGAGUGUUUCGCUAGAAUUGUUCAUCAGAAAUCUUCCCGUAUUAUUAGCCAUGUACAGAGCAUCCUCAGUUGACACUCAACUAUUUAAAACAUCGACCAAAUACUCCUCAUUCCUGGUACACAAAGAAAACCUCACAGAUCCCCACUGUGAUAAAGUAGAUACAAAUAAUAAAUAUAUUCCUCUAGAGAAUACUGUAACCUUGUGACGUAUGACGCCAAGCGAUCGUACCGCAUCCAGUUUACUGCUUGUUACUCGUAAGGUAAUGUUAGGUUUACUUUUAAGACGGCAGAGGUGAAUAGAGCCCUUAGACAAAAGUAACUGACGCUACAACAAAUAUCGUUGAAAACUAUGCUAACUAUGUUGGUAAUAUAUCUGAGGGCUUAGUACGAGUUUGUUUUACGUUUGACGAGAUCGAAAUGAGAGCGUGUUCGGCGCUGUGAUUGGUUGGUUUACUCGUGCCGGCCGGUUACGUUCAACGUAAAGCUAACUCGUACUGAGGGUAAUAUUUGCUAGGGCUCUAUUUCCCACAGUACUUUAAAGCCUCAUACUCGCUUUUGUAAAGUAAUUUCUAUAAGCCAGUUACUCUUGGAACAGUCAUCACAAGUCGAAGUAGGUAACGUGUACAGGUCGAGGCUUGGGUUAGUUAGCAACGUAAGUACUUACGGCAAUUAUAUUUAAUUACUUGUAUAUAAUGUACAGUGCACAAUAUUUUAGUAACAUUUACUAAGAUUUUUUUUAGUUUGUCUUUUAAAGAUUGCUUGUCUGCGCUCGACGACAAGCAUAUAGUACAGUUUAACUUAUCCAUCCAUUGUUUAAUCACAAAUGUAAAGAUAUUACAAUUUUAUUUAUUUAUUUUAAUGUUUUAAUUCACUAAAAUAUUGUACAUUGUUAGUGUAAAUAUCGGCGGCGCAAUAAUAGUUCAUAAAAUAGUUUGUAAUCAUAGAACCAAUUACAAGCUUAGGAGACGGAUAUUGCUUCGUAAUGUAUAGUAAAAUUACAUAAUUAACUGCUAUUUUUGAAGGAAUACUAUUGGUAUUUAAUUAUAUUUUUAAUAUAUUUUAUUUAUUCUCGGUAAUAAUGAGUCUUUUAUAAAAGUUAUUUGAACAUGGUUUGCCCAGGUACAUAGGAGUAUGUAUGUAACACAAAUAUUGACAGCUCUACCAAAAAUUGUUAGCCAUGCUUGGUAUAAGGUUCCGAUUGUUGCAUUUGAACAGUUAGAGUAAUUAAACGUUAAGGUAUCGUCUAGUUACUACCGCCAAACGUCGUCCUAUGCGGCAUAGAGCUAAGCAUGAUACGAUAUACAGAUAUUAGUGAUUUCAAUGCUAUCAGCCAUGUAUCGACCACAGGGUUUUCUUUCCUGCUCUACUCACGAAAAUAAUGAUGUACCUAAACUAUAAUAAGUACGAAUUACUUAUCUUAAAGCCUAUUAUUUAAAUGACGAGUCUACCUCUUGUAAAUAAGUUUAUCUGGUCGAUACAUGCCUGAUUCGUAGAAAUAAUGAUCGAAUUAAUUUCAAAAAUGAAUCUAAGCUAUAGAUUUAUAUUUAAAAAAAUAUAUGAUACAAAGAAAUCUAUCACGGUGUUGUUUAGAAUAUUCAGAGUAUUAAAUGUAAAGUAAGUAAAUGUUAUGAAAUAUAUGAAAAGGAAAAUAUGUAAAUUUUUCAGUUGUAGUAAUGAUCUCUUAUUGUACCAAUAUUCUACUACACCUAGUUACGUUUCGGUGCUCUAGUUAUAUGUGAAAUGUAAAUGAAUUUUGUUAUUUUUUAAAUUGAUGCUUGUAUAUUGAAAAUGUCAAUUAUGUUAUUAUUUAUUGUAAAAUCAAUUAGAUCCACAACAUAUUCAAUGAAAUGCUGAGUAUUUACAUGUACCUACACAGGAGCUAUGUAAUGCGUUUAGUAUAUAACUGUUGUUAUUGACUUAUUGCAGUUGUAUUAUAUACUUCAUUCCAUAUGUGUGAAAUGAUCUGAAACAUUAGAUUAGUUGGAAUGGUGGGACAAAAUAUUAUUAUAGAUUCCUAUUUAGAUAAAUACCUGUAUUGUGCAUUUCUUAUGUGAAAUGGCGUUUGUUAGUCGUGAAGAAGCGGGUGAAGGUGUAGACAGAGCCACGGAGAGGGAUCGAAACAUUAUAGUAACUUCAGUGGUGGCUCGAUCAUUAGGCGAUAGCUGUGAUAUGGCCAUGAAAACAAACAAAUUCUACCAAAAGUAAAAUAAAUUGUUGAAGUAGUUGUUCCAGCACUUACUUCCAUACCAUCGUACACACGUUGAGCUCUAUUCCGUAGCACUAGAGAAUAGUAGUAUCAGUAUAGUGUACUGAUUAUAUGCAAGUCAUGCUGAGAAAUGUAGAAAAGGGUUUUACAAGGAGGAAAUAGAUUAGUGUCCUUGUAAGUUCAUGGUUGAUUUGUUUGUGUAACUGCCAAAGCAUGGUCCAAUAGUACAAGCCUAGCACCAUUGCCCGCUUCCAAGUCCAUAGUCUGUGUCAAAGGAAAUGCAGCCAGAAAAUAGUUGGAUUUAUAUUGCACAAUUAAUUCCAUUUAGGUGUAAUGGAUUUAUGUAAGUUAGACAAUUCUAUUCUCAGUAUUGAAUAAAUAUUUUAAUGAAAA